GAUGAAUAAAGUCAUCUUAACACUUAUGAUAAUUGCAAUAACCUAUGCAACUUAAGUAGAAAUGAAAGCCUAGCAUUUUAGAACUCGAGAGAGCAGUAUUUAUUUUGUAUUUAGUUCAAGGCUUAAGCUUUUAAGAUGCCAAUGAUAUAAAUACAAAUAAAUUCACCUGCUAAAUGGGAUUUGAUUUCUAUGAUUACACUAUCGUAGAGUUAUCUAAAUGGGCUGAUAUUAUUGAACAUAGAGAUUAAUUACAAAGGGAUUUAACCAUUAUUGACUAAAUUAUUAAAUUGGUUGACAAAGCAAAGCGUAUUGAUGAUAGCAAAUAAUAAAGUAUGUAUUUGAAACAUUUAGGAAUGUUCUUGCAAAUAACUGGAAGCCUUUAAAAUUCCUUAUUAGAAAUGUCUCUUGCUUAAUUAAAUCAUUAAUGGGCAAGAGGAAAUCUAGAUUAAUGUAUAGAAUAUAUGAGAUAAUUCUAAAACACUGUAGGUUAUACAGAGCGAGUUGCUAUGGCAAAUAGAAUUAUGGAUUAUUUAGAGAACAUGAAAUAUUAAUUAAAUAGAAAUUUAAAUGAAUGCUCUUAAUUUAAAUAACCAACAAGAUUGAGACAAAAAAUAAGAGACUUAUAAAUGAAAAAAAGAGAUUGCCAGGAGAAUUAUAGUAGAAAUAAUCGAAGAGAUAUUUCUAACUAGUACACAUACAAUAAAUAAAAGAAUUAUGAAUAAGAAUAUCACUCUAGUUAAGGUUCAUCAGUUAAUUAAUAAGAUAUCACUAAAAUUAAAAUCAAUAGAUAUUAACCAUACAACAGAUAACCUAUUUUUUAUAAUGAUGAUGAAGUGUGCCCUCAGGGAGAAGAGGAUGAUUCCCCAAAAAAUUAAACAGAAGAGUAAAAUGAGGAAAAACAGGAGGGAGAUUAGAAUGAGGAAAAACCGGAAGAAGAUCCUAAAAAUGAGUCACCAGAGGAGUAAGGUAUUGAGAUAGAAUAAAGUCCAGAUAGUAAUUAAAUUCUAGGAGAAGAGGAUGAAUAAAAAUAAGAAAAUGAUUCAGAUUAAAAAGACAAAAAGCCAAGAGAUAUCAUAAUAGAAAGGGAAUUUGGCCCAGAUUCUGAACAUCAAAAUAAUUUUGACGAGCCUGAAGAAUGCACAGCUGAUGAAGAAACUCAACUUGAAGUAGAUUCUUCUACCAAUAAUAAUUCUGAACAAACUUAGCAAUAAUCAAAUGAAAAACCUGAAGAUUAAGAACUAGAUGAUUAGAAUGAAUAAGAGGGUAAAUAAGAAGAAAAUUAAUAAGAGCAAGAAUAAUAAGAAUAAGAAAAAGAAGAAGAAAAAUAGUAAGAUUAAGAAAAAGAAUAAGAAGAAGAUAAAUAAUAAGAAAAAGAAUAAGAGGAAGAUAAAUAAUAAGAAUAAGAUAAAGAAUUAGAAGAAGAUAAAUAAUAAGAAGAAGAUAAAUAAUAAGAAGAAGAUAAAUAAUAAGAAUAAGAUAAAGAAUAAGAAUAAGAUAAAGAAUAAGAAUAAGAAGAAGAUAAAUAAUAAGAAAAACAAAAAGAAAAAGAAGAAAAUAAAAAAUAAGAAAAAGACAAAAACAAAAACAAAAAUGUUCCAUUAGAGAUUCCUCCAGAUGAUGAUGAAGAACCUGUUGAAGGGGAAUCAGUGAAAACUGAAGGAGUUGGAGCUUCUUCAGAUGGCAGAAUAGGGAAUUAGUAGACAUAAUAAUAAAAUUCGUAAGAAAAAAAUAAAUAAUAAGACAAAGAAAAAGAAUAAAAAUAAUAAUAGGAAACCGAAAAAGAAAAAGACAAAAACAAAAAUGUCCCAUUAGAGAUUCCUCCAGAUGAUGAUGAAGAACCUGUUGAAGGGGAAUUAGUGAAAACUGAAGGAGUUGGAGCUUCUUCAGAUGGCAGAAUAGGGAAUUAGUAGACAUAAUAAUAAAAUUAGAAAAAAUAAAAUGAAAAAGAAAGUGAAAAAAAAAAAUAAGUAACUGAUGAAGAUUAAAAAACCAAUAAAAAAUAAGAUGACUAAAAAGAAAAUUAAUAAAAUGAUUAAUCUGUGAGAGAGAAUGAUGAUGCAAGUGAAGAAGAUAUUUAUGAAUAAGUUGAAGUAGAUGAACCCGAUGGAAAGGGAGGAAUCAGAAAAGUAAAAAAAAUAGUGAAAAGAAGAGUAAAAAAGACAAAGAAAACGAGUGGAUAAAAGAGUGAAUCUAGUAAAUCUUAAUCAUCAAGUACAAAAAGUUAAUCAACAAUAAGUAGUUAAUCUAAUAAAGCUACUGGAAGUACAGCAGAAAACAGGAAUAGUUAAUCAACAAAUAAUGAAACUUCUAAAUAGGAAGCAUCAAAAUCUGAACAAAAAACUUCUUAAGAAACUUAACAAAGCUAAAAGCAAAUUUAAACAUAACAAGCAGAAAGUGAAAAAGCCAGAAAAACCAAUUAAUAGGAUGAGAACAAAUCAACUCAAUAAAAAUAGGAUGAAACAACAUAAAACUAAUUGAAAGGUAAUGAUGAUGCGAGUGAAGAAGAUAUAUAUGAAUAAGUUGAAGUAGAUGAACCAGAUGGAAAGGGAGGAAUUAGAAAAGUUAAAAGGAUAGUGAAAAGAAGAGUGAAAAAAAUUAAAAAGACAAGUGGGUCACAGACUGAAUCUAUUAAAUCUUAAUCAUCGAGUACAAAAGGUUAAUCAACAAUAAGUAGUGAAUCUGAUAAAGCUAUUGGAAGUAGUUCGUCUACUUAAACAAAAAAUCAAUCUUCUCAAUAAGAAUCAUAACCAUCUGACUAUAAGCCUCCUAGAUAUGGAGAUGAUGCAAGUGAAGAAGACAUCUUUGAGUAAGUUGAAGUAGAUGAACCAGAUGGAAAAGGUGGAGUUAGAAAAGUUAAAAAAAUGGUUAGAAGAAGAGUUAAAAAGACAAAAAAAAUAAGUGGAGCAUCAGGAUCAUCAUCGACCUCAUCUAAAAAAUCUAGCUCAUCAAGUUCCUCGAGUUCAUCAAGUUCAGCAAGUUCAUCGAGUACCGCCAGUUCAUCAAGUUCAUCUAGUUCUUAAGGUUAGACAAUAAGUAAUAAUUAAUCUAAUAAUGCUGGGGGAAGUAGUUCGUCUACUUAAACAAAAAAUCAAUCCUCUCAAUAAGAAUCAUAACCAUCUGACUAUAAGCCUCCUAGAUAUGGAGAUGAUGCAAGUGAAGAAGACAUCUUUGAGUAAGUUGAAGUAGAUGAACCAGAUGGAAAAGGUGGAGUUAGAAAAGUUAAAAAAAUGGUUAGAAGAAGAGUUAAAAAGACAAAAAAAAUAAGUGGAGCAUCAGGAUCAUCUUCGGCCUCAUCUAAAAAAUCUGUUUCAUCUAGCUCAUCAAGUGCAGCCAGUUCAUCAAGUUCAGCAAGUUCAGCCAGUUCAGCCAGUUCAUCUAAUUCAUCAAAUUCAUCAGGUUCAUCAAGCUCAUCAAGUUCAUCUAGUUCUUAAGGUUAGACAAUAAGUAAUAAUUAAUCUAAUAAUGCUGGGGGAAGUAGUUCGUCUACUUCAACAAAAAACCAAUCUUCUCAAUAAGAAUCAUAAUCCUCUGACUUUUAGCCUCCUAGAUAUGGAGAUGAUGCUAGUGAAGAGGACAUCUUUGAGCAAGUUGAAGUAGAUGAACCAGAUGGAAAAGGUGGAGUUAGAAAAGUUAAAAAAAUGGUUAGAAGAAGAGUUAAAAAGACAAAAAAAAUAAGUGGAGCAUCAGGAUCGUCAUCGACCUCAUCUAAAAAAUCUGUUUCAUCUAGCUCAUCAAGUGCAGCCAGUUCAUCAAGUUCAUCAAGUUCAGCAAGUUCCGCCAGCUCAUCUAGUUCAGCAAGUUCAUCAGGUUCAUCAGGUUCAUCAAGCUCCUCUAGUUCUUCAGGUUAAGCAAGCAGAACCAAUUCUGGAAGUAAUUCAUAAUAAUCUUCUUAAAGCAUUUCAAAUACUUAAUAAUAAACUGAGUAAGAAGCUUCAAGUAAAUCAAAAGUUAGUCAAUCAGUAGCAGAUAGAUUAAGUUAAAAAUAUUCUGAAGCUGAAUCAAGAGAGUAGGUAUCAACAUCUGCAUAAGAUUCCAGAAGUGUUUCAAGCAGUGCAAACAAAAAGUAAGUUGUAUCAGGAGGAUCAUCCAGCAGUUCAGUCAGCAGUUCAUCCAGCAGUGCAGCCAGCAGUUCAGCUAGUAAAUCAAGCAGUAGUUCAAGUAGUAGUUCUAGCAGUAGCAGCACUUAAAAAGGAAGUUCCAGCAGCAUUGCUAAUAAUGCUAAAAGCUCUAGCAGUUCAACGAGUGUUAAUUCUAACUAAAAAUCUGCCUCAGGAGCCUCUUAAAGUCAAAGUAGUAAGUAAGCAUCUUCUUCAUCCAGCAUAAAAUAAUCUUCAUCAAAAGGCUCCGAAGAAUCAAGUAGCAGUAAAUCAUAGAAAAAAGUUGUGUAAACUGAGGAUGGAGAAGAAGUUUGGGAAGAAAUUUCUGUAGAGGAGGUAACAGAAUACACAAUAGAUUCUGAAGGGAAUAUGAAAGUUAUUUCUUAGACAAGUACUUAAAUUCCAAAGACUAAAGCAUACUAUUUAAAUUAGAUAGGUAACUAAUAAAUCGAUCUUGAUAUUGAACAAAAUGAUAGUAAUAGUAUGAAAAAUUCUUAAGAAGAUUCUUAAACUAAUUCUACUUCUUAUGAUGAUUCUACAAAUGAUUAAGGUGAUUAAGGCAAUGAUUAUCUCUAUGAAAAAGAUGGAGAUAAAUAAGAAUAUACUGAACAAGAAAAUGAAUAAUGGUUGGAAGAAGAUAGACUUAAUAAUGAUAAAGAGUAUUAAAGUGAAAUAAAUUAAAAUCUAUAAUUAGAAAAUGAUUAAGACUAUAUUUAUUAUGAAAUAGAAGGAGAUUAGAUAAUAUAUUAUGAAUAUGAUCCUGAGUUGAAUGUUUAUCAUAAAGUGAAUAUGAUUGAUCCAGAAUAAAAAAAAUCACUUAUAAUUUAAGAUUCUUAAUUUGAUGAUUUAUUAGAUAAUGUUAUAGAUGAGAAUAAGGAUUAGAAAACAUUGCCAACAGAUUAGAUAAGUGGAUAAGAAACAAUAAAUAAAUAAGAGCAAAAAGAUUAAAAAGAUGAAUCGAAGGUUGAUGCUAAACAACAAGUGCCAUCAGAAAACUCUGUUUAAGAAAAAUCUUCAUCUGAUUAAGUCAAGUCUAAUGAUACUCAAAGCUAAUCUGAAGUUGAAAAUAAAGUUGAUAAAGACGAAUAAAAAUAAUAAGAAGGUCAACAGAAAGAUUUGGACUAGAAUAAUGAUAAAAAAAUAUAAAAUUAGGAAGAUUAAACAAAAUAAAACAUAGGAAAUGUGGUUAAUGAUCUUUUAAAAGAGGAAAAAGUUAAAAUCGAUAGUAUAAGUUUUGAAAAAAAUCAAGUGGAAGUCAAGGAUGAGAAAUCUUUAAAAAUUUAAUCAUUGAAAGAAGAGUUCAAUCCUAAUGAACCAACUUAAUAUGAACCACCAAAACAUAAAGUUAAUACUAGGCCAAAGACAGAAAAGGUCAAUAUACCAGUUUUUACAAAGUAUGUCAAAUCUUCCUAUGAUGGUAAUGUUGCUGAAUAAUUUGAAUUUGCGGAUAGAGAGCUACUUCAGGAUUCCGAUGAAUAUGGAUAUGGAUUUUGGAUUAGAUACACUUCAAAUGCACCAAAAACCCAUGUAAGAAAACCAGAAACCUAUUACUUCUUAUCUCGACUAACUUCAAAUCAAGAAUAUAAGGACUUGACUUAUUAUGGGGACAGAACCUUAGCCAUAUUUAUGAUAGAGAAUUCCUUUGUUUUUUCAACUUAUGAUCAUUAAGAAAAGAAAAAAGUGAAAGAUUAAGUUGUGGCUUUAAAUGAAGAUUUAGACAGCAUGUGGUAUUUCAUCACAUUUUCUUACAGCACUGCUAAAAAAGCAGCAGUAGGAUAUGUGAUUGGUUAUGGAGAAAAUAAUAAAAUUUUAAGGUGUGAAAUCUAAUGCAGACAUGUACCUCCAUAAUACUUUAAACUAUUAAUUGGUGGAAAACAUAUGUCAUAUGAAGGAUUAAAUGGUCAAUUUGCAAAUAUAUUUUACGAUAUUGAUGCUCCAGCCUUUAUAGACACAGAAGCUAAAAUUAGAGAAAUCAUAAAGACUAUUUCGAAUAUUCCUUAAUAAGUUACAAAUUUAAUAGAUUUAGAAGUUAUCUCAACUCCAUAAUUAUUCAAUGCAAAUACAGCAAGUGAUUCUGUUAUCUUAGAUCCAUAAGAAUCUUAAUUAAUAAUUGAAGAAUACAGUGUUGCAGCAUGGUUUAGAUGGAUUGAUGACUUAAAGGUUGAUAGUGAAAAUACUUUUUAAAUCUUUAAUUUAAGAUCAAACGAAAAGAAAUCUUAAGGAAAAGGAAUUUUAGGAGAUAGGUCUUUAGAAAUGCAUUAUAUUUACGGAGGAGGAUCUAAAAGUUCUGUGUACUUUAAUACCUAUACAAUUGAAGGUAAUAAAGCAAAAGGAUCAAUAUAUUUAUCAAAAACAGUUUAAUCUCCUAAUUAUAUAUGGUAAUAUGGCUACAUGGCUUAUGAUAACGAUAAAAUGAAAGUGUAUGGAGCAUUAAUAAGACCAGGAAAAUCUGAUGAAAUAACUUUCGAUCCAAUUUAACAUAAAUUGAUUACAAAAUUAUAUUUUACUUUGGGUGGAGAUGAUUAUAUUUCGCCAUUUAAUGGUAAAAUUGGGUAUGUAGGAGUCUACUUAGGACCUGGGGCAUACAGAUAAGCACUUAAUUUUGGUUAAUAGUUUUAAUAUGGAGAUGGUGCCAUGAAUGUAUUUUAAUUAAUCAAACCAAUACAAUAUAAAGAAGAUGCAUUAGACCCUAAUGUAGUAAGAGAUUGUGUAUACGAUGCGGAAAACGCAUUAGUAGAUAAGAUUCUGAUUCAUGAUGAUGAGAAAUUAAGAAUAAAUGGUUAAAGUGAAUAUUCAUUUGGAAUGUGGACUAGAUGGUUGAGUACAAUGCCUAAAUAUUUAGUAUAAAGAGGAGCAGUUCAUAAUAUUGCUAGAUUAGGUACAUCGCCUUAUUUGAUUGAAUAAGUUGAUGGUAAAUUAAAAAGAGCAAAUACUAGAGCAUAAACAGUAAAGGAUUAAACUCUCGCAGUGACCUUAAGCAAAGAAGCAUAUGAAUUCUAUACCUAUAGUACUAAGGAUUAAAUAGGAUUUACAAAAUUAGAAGGAUAGUGGAAUUAUAUUUACUUUGGAUAUAAAAGAUUUGGAGAUAAGGGCACAGCAAGAGGAUAUGUCUAAUUUGGUGUAGAUGGAGAAAUUAAGGAGGUUUCUUUUGAUAUUUUCCAUGAUUACAUUUUGGAAUAUGUUGAAUUUGUAGUUGGUAAAUCUUAAGCUCCAUUCUUUAAUGGUCAAAUGACUAAGAUUCAAUGUUCGAUAGGGCCAGGAGCAUUUGUGUCAACUUCUGAUAAUCUAAGGCUAUAUACUUAAAAUACUUUGCCAGAAAAAGCUUAAAUACAUCCAGUCUCAAGAUAAACUCAAUAAUUAAUAGGUACACCAGUAAAUGAGCCUUCUAAUUAAUUUUAAUUUGAUAAAUUCUAAGGAGCUCAGGAAUAUGCUAUUUCUGGUUGGGUUAAAUGGAGUGGUGUACAAAAGAUUGGUAAAGUGUCUCACAUUAUCACAAUGGCUUAAAAGAGGUUGGCUGAUUUAGAUGGAAAAAACGAGGAAACUCUAAAGAUUCGCAGAUCAGAUUUAUCAUAUCUUUAUUCUACUUAUAAUUGUAAAGGUGAAGAUUGUUCUUAAGUAAUAGUAAAAGAAUAGUAAUUUGGUGAGUAUUGGGAUUAAUGGACUUAUGUUUAUUUUGGUUAUUCAACUCCAAUAAAGAAGGCAUUUGGUUAUAUCAAAUAUAUAUUUAAUGAUGAUAAGUUUUUGUUAGAUGAUAUUAAUCAUUUUUAUUUGGCUGUUUUUAGCAUAAUUAUUGGAAAUGAAUAAGAUAAAUUUUAAGGAUAAAUUAAAACAUGGGUAAUUAAUAUUGGAUAAGGUUCUUUUAGAGAGGGUGGAUUUGAAAGUGAUGAAAAUAUUAAAGUACAUUUUGGAUUUAUAAGUGGAACUGAUCAUAUUAAAUUAUAAUAGGCAGGAUAAGAAGCUCAUCAUGAAGAAUAAGUUCUUGAAUGUUCAGCAAAUGGUAAAGAAGUUCCUUUGCAUGUAUAAUUUGAAUAAAGUGAUAAAUUAAAUCUUUAAGGAGUAAGUGAAUAUGGUUAUGGAUUUUGGGCUAGAUUUUAGCAUUUUGCAAAUAAAGGUGUAUUAUAUUAGUAACCAUAAUGGAUGGGUAUGGCUAGAUUGACUAGUUAAAAAGAUUAUAAAGAUUUUGAUCAACCAGGAGAUAGAGUUUUAUUGGUUUUGAUGGGUAAGAAUGUUUAUCAUUUUUCAACUUACAAUGUACAACCACCUUCAAACAAUGUGAAUGGAAAUAUACCUUAUGCAUUGGAAUCAGAAAGUGAAUGGACAUACAUUUAUUUUAGUUAUAAAAGAAUUUCUUAGACAUUAGGACAUGCAGUAGCCUUCACUUCAUUUGGAGAAAUCACCCCUGGAAUAUAAAUGGAUGUAGUACAUAACUUACUCUAAAAUUAUUUGUAAUUAACAAUAGGACAUGCUGGUAAAUAUUAUCCAAACUUUAAUGGUCAAAUCACUACAGUAAGAUUCAAUUUAGGACCUGGAGCAUUUAUUGAAAAUACAGCAGGCAUUAUGGCUAGAAUUAAGAAUAAAGAUCCAAAACCAGAUAUUUUGUCAGUUCCUAAAAUUUAUGAAUUAUUUGUUGGUAAAUAGGACGCUUAAAAACUUAAAAUUGAUAACCCUGUCAUUAUUGAUUAAGAAGCAAGAGAAUAUUCAGUUUAAAUGUGGUUCAGAUGGUUCAAGACACCAGUAAAGCUCAAUUAAGUGAUUUAUAGAUUGUCAGCUAACAGAGCAGAAAAUGAUGCUUAAAAGAUUGGUGAUAAAGUAUUAAUGUUAUCUCACAUUGGAACUGCUUUAUUUAGUACUUACACUUUGUAAGAUUCAAUAAUGAAUGUUCCUUUUGAAUGUAACAUACCUAAAUAAUCACUCGAAAUUUGGAGUUUUGCUUAUUUUGCAUAUUCAAAGAAGGAAAGAAAAGUUUAAUAUUAUUUGAAAGCUGAUGCUCAUGAAAAUAAAGGAUUGGAACCUAUAUUACAUGCUGUAUCUUCUAAGUUUUGGUUGUAUGUAGGAAGAGAUGGUUUAUUGGAGAAUUUUAAUAGUAGAGUAGCAUAAUUAACAUUGAAUCUUGGUGAGGGUUCUUUUCGUAAAGAAAACUUUUUGUAAUUACCUAUUUAUUUAUUAUCUACUAAAUUAUUCUCAUAAGAAAAGAAGAAUAAUUGGGAAAAUGCAGGGAAGAUAGUACUUGGUUAAUCUUAAACUAUUAAAUUUGUAGAUGAACCAGAUAAACCAAUUGAAUCCAUGUAAGAAUAUAGCAUAGGAUUUUGGUGCAGGUUUUUAUAAGCAUGGCCUGAAAGAUAAUAUAAAUUAUAAUAGGAAAUGUAAUUAGUUAGAUUGACAUCAAAUGAAUAAAUAGAAGUUGGUAAAGUAGCUAUGGGAGAUAGAAUAUUGGCUUCCCAUAUUGUUUAAGGUCAUUAUCAAUUUUCUACUUAUGAUUUAAAUGAUGAUGCACCUAAUGAAUUAAGAACUAUUGCUUAUUCUAAAUUAGAGGGAUAAUGGAAUUAUAUUUAUAUGGGUUAUUAGAGAGUGAGUUAAUUAGCUUCAUAUUUUGUAUAUGAUGGAAAAGAUAUAUAGUAAAUAAAAAAUUAAGAUUUAUUGCAUAAGCCAUUAGGAGACUUUGUUAUUUUACAUAUUGGAGGGGAACCAGAUAUUCCAGGAUUCUAAGGACUAAUGUGUAAGAUAGCAGUCAAUUUUGGAGUUGGAUCAUUUUUUGGAUUGGUAGAAGAUGUAAAGAAAACAAUUGAUAAUUCUUUUGCUCUCGAUUAGUAAUUGACUGUUGACUUUAUUCAUAAAGAAAAGCAUGGGUAAUAAGAAUUAAUUGGUAAAUUCGAAACUGUAGCAGAUGAUGUUGGAGGUGCUGAAUUAAGAGGUGAUACUUGGUCAUAAGUUGGUGAAUAUUCAAUUAGUGGUUGGCUCAAAAUUGCCGAAAUAAAAGGAUAAAAUGCAAACGAUUGCCAAAUUUUAUUUAGAGUUACUAAUAAUGAUAAAGAACAUUUAAAUGAUAAACGAAUUCAAGGAGAUAGAACACUACAUGCCUCAGUUUGUGUAGAUUCUAUUAAACUAUCCACUUACACGAUUCAUGGAUUGAAAGAUUGGAAUGAGGCCAAAUUCUUGGAAGAAAAGGUGGAACUAGGCCAUAAUAAAAAGGCAUGGAUAUAUAUUUAUAUGGGAUAUAAUGAAGACAUAUAAGAAGUACAUGCAUUAUUACAUCUAUUCGAUUAAGACAAACCUCUUAUUUUUAAAGGAGUUUAACAUUAUGUACCACAUUAUACUGCAAUCUAUGUAGCCAAAGAUCCAUUUACUAAAAGAUUCUAAGGUGAUCUAUAAAAGUGGGUAGCUUAAUAUGGAUCAGGUGCUUUUGUUAGUAUUUAAAAAAGAGGUUAUGAAGAUAUCUUGACAAAUUAUAGAGCUUUGGCAACUAACUAGAAAUAUAUGUGGUUCACUAAAGAAGAUGGAGUAUUAGAGACUGAAAAAGCUAUAACUUAAGUUUUUACAACUGAAGUUGAAUCUGUUGAUGAAUAUUCUAUAGGUGUUUGGACCAGAUGGUUAAUUUCUUUUCCAACUACUCUUACUGAAAGAUAAGAAAGACAUAAUAUAUUUAGAUUCUCUUCUAAUAAGGAAGACUAAGAUAAAAGUGAAUUAGGAGAUAGAGUAUUGGCAGCAUUUCUAACUCUAGGAAAUUAUGAAUUUAGUACUUAUGAUGUACUCAAAUCAUCUAAUGCUGUUGAUGCUAAAUUACCAUAUACAGAAUUAGAAGGAGCUUGGACUUAUGUUUAUGCAGCAUACAAAACUGGAUAAUUUUAUGGAAUGGUGUUGUUUAGAGAAUAAUAAAAAGCCUAACAUAUUGAAUUGUAAGUCUAACAUAAAGCUUUAACUGGAUAUUCUAAGUUUGUCUUAGGAGCUAAAGAGUUUGGAUUUAGAGGUUUUCAUGGAUGGUUAUUUGAUCCAAGGAUCUUCCUAGGUGAAGGAUCAUUCAUUAGUGAAAGUUAGAAAGUUGUUGACAUGGUACUCAAAUUGCAUCGUAAAUUACCAAUCCAACCACUUGAUGCUGAAGAUUUUAAAUGGCCUGUCUAAAUGAUAGAUACUACUCUUUCGGAUGAAAUUAACGACAAAAAAGAUAAAUUCUCAUUUGCUUUCAAUGAUAAACCAGGUUUGAUAGAAUAUUCAUAUGGAUUCUGGAUGUAAAAUGCUGUUCUAACGCCUGAAUUAACUGAUGAAUAUAGAGGUCUUGUAAGAUUGUCAACAAGCAAUGAAGGAUCUGAUGAAAGAUAUAUUGGUGAUAGAACUCUUACUUUAUUUACUAAGACGGAUGAGAUUGUGGCUAGUACUUAUACUCUCAAAGAUCCUACAUUUGAACCGGUUACCCAUACUUUUAAACUAAUACCUUAUUAAUGGACUUUUGUUUAUUUUGGUUACAUUCCUGGAAAGGCAAGAGCCUAUAUUUUGGGAAUCAAGGGACCAGAUGAAUAAAUUUUGAAUGUAAAACAUGCUAUUCCAAAUGCUUUCUAUCUUCAUUUAAUUAAGGAUUAAUCACAUCCUUUGUUUUUUGUAAAUUAUUUUAUUUAAUUUUAGGGAAAAUUCUAUGGAUUUAAAUUGUUAUUUGGAUAAGGCAGCUAUUUGGCCAAUCCUUAAGAAAUGAUAGAAAAAUGGCCAUAUGAUCCUAAAGCUCUGCCACAACCUCCUAAAUAAGAGGAAAAAAUCUUAUCACUAAAUUCAGCUAAAGUAGAUAGGGCAUAAAAUAAAGAUCAUGAAAAAUUUUAAGAAUGA